UGCAGUCCUACUACAGUAUCUGCUCCGUCUCAGAUACUGUCAGUGAUACUUACCGCUGCAGGGCGGCUUGUCAGAUAGUACCUUUUUAAUUUUUUGGACAGGUGACAGGGACCCGAGACAGAUAUGGCUGGCGCGGUGGCACCGAAGCGGCAGGACACCCGGAAAUUUUUCGAGAAUCUGUCCGGCGCUGGUAAAUCCAUCGGAGUGCUGACCAGCGGAGGAGAUGCCCAAGGUAUGAACGCGGCGGUCCGGGCCGUUGUGCGAAUGGGCAUCUAUGUUGGAGCAAAGGUGUACUUCGUCCACGAGGGGUACCAGGGGAUGGUGGAUGGAGGAGACAACAUCAAAGAGGCAACGUGGGAAAGCGUCUCCAGCAUGUUGCAAGUGGGUGGCACAGUCAUCGGCAGCGCCCGCUGUAAAGAGUUUCGUACCCACGAGGGCCGCUUGAAAGCCGCACACAACCUUGUGCAGCGCAGCAUCACCAACCUGUGUGUGAUUGGUGGAGAUGGCAGCCUGACUGGAGCCAACCUGUUCAGAGAGGAGUGGAGCGGCCUUUUGGAUGAGCUCGUCGAACAAGGUCUCAUCAGUAAGGACGCAGCCGAGGCUAACUCGAUGCUCCACAUUGUUGGCAUGGUCGGCUCCAUUGACAAUGACUUCUGCGGCACCGACAUGACCAUCGGCACUGACUCGGCGCUGCACAGGAUCAUCGAGGUGGUGGACGCCAUCAUGACCACUGCUCAGAGCCACCAGAGGACAUUUGUGCUGGAGGUCAUGGGCAGACACUGCGGAUACUUGGCCCUGGUCAGUGCCCUGGCAUGCGGAGCAGACUGGGUAUUUAUCCCAGAAAUGCCUCCUGAAGAUGGCUGGGAGGAUAGCAUGUGUCAGAAACUGUCUGAGAGCCGAUCACGAGGUUCCAGGUUGAACAUUAUCAUAGUUGCUGAAGGAGCCAUUGACAGACAAGGACAACACAUUACUUCAGAUUUUGUGAAGGAUCUGGUGGUACGCUGCCUGGGUUUUGACACCAGGGUGACCAUCCUGGGCCACGUGCAGAGAGGUGGGACACCCUCUGCCUUUGACAGGAUUCUGGCCAGUCGUAUGGGCGUGGAGGCAGUGCUGGCGUUACUGGAGGCCUCAGCCACCACCCCGGCCUGCGUUGUGUCUCUGGUUGGCAACCAGGCUGUCCGACUACCACUUAUGGAGUGUGUUCAGAUGACCCAAGAGGUGCAGAAGGCCAUGGAUGAGAAGAAAUUUGACGAGGCUGUGAGACUGCGUGGCAGGAGCUUUGAAAACAAUCUGACCACCUACAGACUCCUCUCCUACCGGAAAGCAGAUUCUGAACUUCCAAAUAGCUCCUUCAAUGUUGCGGUGCUGAAUGUCGGCGCGCCGGCAGCAGGUAUGAACGCCGCCGUGCGUUCUGCUGUCAGGGUGGGAAUCACUGAAGGCCACAAAAUGUUUGCGGUCAACGACGGCUUCGAGGGAUUUUACAAGGGACAGAUCAAGGAGAUCAAAUGGGGAGAUGUUGGUGGUUGGACCGGCCAGGGAGGAUCACUGCUGGGGACCAAACGAACUCUUCCAGGCAAACAUCUGGAGAAGAUCGCUGAGCAGAUUAGGAUCCAUAACAUCAACGCCCUGCUUGUCAUCGGCGGAUUUGAGGCCUACGUGGGAUUACUGGAACUUUCUGCCGCGCGGGACAAACAUAACGAGUUCUGUGUGCCCAUGGUUAUGGUCCCUGCCACCGUCUCCAACAAUAUACCUGGUUCAGACCUCAGCAUUGGCUCAGACACUGCGCUGAAUGCCAUUACUGAUACAUGUGAUCGCAUCAAGCAGUCAGCCAGUGGCACCAAGCGGCGGGUCUUCAUCAUUGAGACCAUGGGGGGCUACUGCGGCUACCUGGCCACUGUCGGCGGUCUGGCCGCAGGCGCCGACACUGUCUACAUCUAUGAGGAGCCGUUUGACAUCCGGGACCUGCAGGCCAACGUGGAGCAUCUGACGCAGAAGAUGAAGACGAGCAUCCAGAGAGGCUUAGUGCUCAGGAAUGAGAACUCCAAUGAGAACUUUACCACUGACUUCAUCUACCAGCUGUACUCUGAGGAGGGACGGGGAGUGUUUGACUGUAGGAAGAACAUCCUCGGUCACAUGCAGCAGGGAGGAGCUCCAUCACCUUUUGAUAGGAACUUUGGCACCAAAAUUGCUGCUAAAGCCAUGCAGUGGAUCACACGGACGCUCAAGGAGUCUUACAAAGGAGGGCGAGUGUUUGCUAACUCAGAGGACACCGCCUGCCUGUUGGGGAUGCGUCGCAGAGCCAUGGUCUUUCAGCCCGUGUCACAGAUCCGUGAUGAGACGGACUUUGUCCACAGGAUCCCCAAGGAGCAGUGGUGGCUGAAGCUCCGUCCACUGAUGAAAAUUCUGGCCAAGUACAAGACCAGCUACGACGUGUCCGACUCGGGCCAGCUGGAGCACGUGACCCGGUUCCGAUCCAGAGAGUCCAACAACACGGCGGCCAUCUGAACCAUAGCACUGCUGCCAGAGAGUAUCACUCCAACAGGAAAACAGCUUCACAGAACAGUGACGGCUGCUCACACUAUGACUGAUCGACUGCUGAUUGACUGCAAAUACAUUUAGGUAGAAUUUAAAAGAUAGCUGGUAAUUUGAGAAAGUUAUACUGUAUGAUAAAGCAUGGCGAUUAUAGGAAGGGAUCUUCUAUUUUUCAGAUAAUGGAUGAUGAAAUUUAGAUAGGGACAUAUUUAACGAGGGUAUGACGUGGGAUAGAGCUCUUCACAUAGUUUCAACAAGCUAGCAGAGCUUAAGUGUUUUCUGGAUCCUCAAUCAAAGUUAUUAUAGAUUUAAAUAUAUAUAUAAUAAGCACUCCUCAUCAUGUACUGUAUAAGUUUUUAAGUUUUAGUCCUGAAAAUGUAGCUAUAUUGAUAUUUUUUUUAACUACCUAGCUGAGCAAAGGCCCAUGUUGCGUCAAGGCAGCGAGGCUGAGGUGGGCCAUUCCUUUGAAGCUCUUGUCAUUUUUAUUAUUUUCUACAGCACUUUUAGCCCCAUUAUUCAAGUAAUCCUUUAAAGCUGCUUCUAAAGAGAUAAUAUAUAAGUAUAUGUCAGGAGGAUCACAUUCUGUCAAUCUGUUCACACCUUGAAAAAAUCAUUUUGAUUGUAAAAUGUAAAUGUGACCUGCAGGAGGUUUAGUGAGCCAAGCUUGCCUUGUGUGUGUCCUAUCCAUGCUCAUUGUGUGUAUGAGUGUGUGUGUACGUGUAAUGUGGUGUUGCCUUAGCCGUUUGUAUCCACCAUGGGCUUUGUAUGUGGCAUCUUGUAACUGUAUUUGUGAGUCGGGUCCUGCUGUUGCUGUAGUUUGGCGGUGAAGUAGAGAAUGUUUGAAACUUGUACGCAACAUUAAUUUAAUGUGCUGGCAGUGUGAUGUGAGUGUCCUGUCACAGAGUAAUAAAGCAUUUAUUGUGUGGAAAGUUA